CAGUCACGAACGGUACGCCUCUGCGCGUUCACGAUGUCCUCGGAUUCUCUCCUGGAAGUGGUGGUUCGAAUGUUUUAGUGCGAGCCUCCAGUUUGAUAGUAAAGUUUACCUAUAAAACUGCCCUUCAACUGGCUGCAAAAGGAAUUUCAGUCAAUGUUUUCUCAUUGUGAAGUACCAUCACAUUUUUUGAGGCAGUUUAGCUUUACUUAAACACGAUAACAGCUGUUUGAACAUUGCCAACGAGCCAUCUCCAGCGGGAGUUUUUGAACACACGGACAGCGAGAUUGAGGCGAUAUUUUUUUUAAUGGGACGUAACGUUGUUGUUCAGGAAACAUUUACCUAACUAGCUUAACGUUAGCUAUAUAAAAUAUCUAGCGUCUUUGGUUUGUUUUAUAAUGCGGUGUUUUGGUUCCGAGGGAUCAAGCUGUGUUUCUGCAGCUGGCGUGGAAGACACCAGGAGGAGGAAACUGUGGUGAAAGCGAGAGUGAUAACCCGAAAAACAUCUCAUCAAACACACCGGAGUGUAGCCUACCUACCUGGCUGACAUGAAAAUUAACCACGGAAAAGCGUCCUCCAUUCACUAUUUAAGCUACUCCUGCAGUGAGCCAGUAUCAUGGAGGCAGCAUUGGGGAGUGCAGCUCUAGGACUGCUCGGAGCCACGGCAGCAGCCAGCCAUGACAUCUCUGACAGGGGCCUGAGGCCAGGGCGUCACCCAGAGGAGGAUGACAUAGUGCCUGAGCUGACCCGCCUAGUCUACCCCCGAGAGAGACCUGACUGGGAUGAGACCAUCAGCGCCAUGGCGCGGAGUGCCGAGGUCCCCGAGCUGAGCGCCGAGCCCCUCUUGCGCUCCUGCAGCAGCACGGCCAGCAUGAAGGUCAAGAACGUCAAGAAACUGUCCUUCACCAAAGGCCACUUCCCCAUGCUGGCUGAGUGCGCCCACUUCCACUACGAGAAUGUGGACUUUGGCACAAUCCAGUUGUCCCUCGUGGAUGAACAGAGUGAAGUGACACGGAAUGGCUUUGAGUCCAAGGAGCUGCAGUAUUUGGUCCAGAUCUACUGCCAGAGCCGAAGCUGGAUUGUGAAGCGCAGCUAUGAGGAUUUCCGUGUCCUGGACAAGCACCUGCACCUUUGCAUCUAUGACCGCCGCUUCUCGCAGCUGCCUGAGCUGCCUCGAUUCGACAGUCUGAGGGAUCGUGCCGAGGCAGUUUCCCAGAUGCUGAUGGCUUACCUCUCCCGCUUCUCAGCGAUCGCUGACAACAAGAUCAACUGUGGGCCCGCCCUCACGUGGAUGGAGGUUGAUAACAAGGGCAACCACUUACUGGUCCACGAGGAGUCCUCCAUCAAUGUACCCGCCAUUGCCGCCGCCCAUGUCAUCAAACGCUACAUCGCGCAGGCCGCCGACGAGCUCUCCUUCGAGGUUGGGGACAUUGUGUCAGUGAUUGACAUGCCCCCCAAAGAGGACACCACAUGGUGGAGGGGCAAGCACGGCUUUCAGGUUGGCUUCUUUCCCAGUGAGUGUGUGGAGCUGAUAAACGACAAGGUGCCGCAGUCCGUCACCAACUCGGUGCCAAAACCAGUGUCUAAGAAGCACGGGAAGCUGAUCACGUUCCUGCGCACCUUCAUGAAGUCCAGACCCACCAAGCAGAAGCUGAAGCAGCGGGGCAUCCUCCGGGAGAGGGUGUUUGGCUGUGACCUUGGGGAGCACCUCCUCAACUCGGGCCACGAUGUUCCCCAGGUACUCAAGAGCUGCACAGAGUUCAUUGAGAAGCAUGGCGUGGUGGACGGCAUGUACCGCCUCUCUGGAAUCGCCUCCAACAUCCAGAAACUACGGCAUGAGUUUGACUCAGAGCAGAUCCCCGACCUGACUAAAGACGUGUACAUCCAGGACAUCCACUGUGUAGGCUCCCUGUGCAAGCUCUACUUUCGUGAGCUGCCCAACCCCCUGCUCACCUAUCAGCUCUACGAGAAAUUCUCUGAGGCCGUCUCCGCAGCUACAGAUGAGGAGCGGCUCAUCAAAAUACAUGAUGUCAUCCAGCAGCUGCCGCCGCCGCAUUACAGGACUUUGGAGUUCCUCAUGAGGCACCUGUCCCAUCUGGCCACCUUCAGUUAUGUUACCAACAUGCACAGCAAGAACCUGGCCAUCGUCUGGGCCCCCAACCUACUGAGGUCCAAGCAGAUAGAGUCAGCCUGCUUCAGCGGCACGGCAGCCUUCAUGGAGGUCCGCAUCCAGUCAGUGGUGGUGGAGUUCAUACUGAACCACGUAGACGUCCUCUUCAACCCCAAGCUCAGCUCGCUCAUACGGGAGGGAGCAGGACACAACUCGUUGUCACGGCCCAAGUCCCUGCUGGUGUCAUCCCCCUCUACCAAGCUGCUGACCCUGGAGGAGGCCCAGGCCCGGACCCAGGCCCAGAUCAACUCCCCCGUCACAGCCGACAGCAAGUACAUUGAGGUGGGGGAGGGCCCUGCAGCCCUGCAGGGCAAGUUCCACACCAUCAUCGAGUUCCCUACUGAGAGAAAGAGGCCCCCAAUCAAGUCCAAGAAGUCUCCGGUGGGCAGCUGGCGCUCCUUCUUCAACCUGGGCAAGUCCUCGUCCAUGUCCAAGCGCAAGCUGCACCGCAACCCCAGCGAACCCAACGAACUCCAGGCCAUGGCAGGAGGCAGAGGGGACACUGGGACGCUCCGAUCGGCCAAAAGCGAGGAGUCACUCACCUCACACAACGUUGAAGGAGAGUCGAAGGUGUACCGUCCGCGGCGGCCCCGCUCCAGCAGCGAUGCCCUCUCGGCCUCCUUCAAUGGGGACCUGCUGGACAGCCACACCUGGCAGCACUGCAACUUCUACGACAACCUGACCCAGGACCACAGUGGGGGCCCCACCCACGACAGAGGGGACAGCAAUGGGGACGAGGGGCCCAUCUGCGUGCCCGCCCUCAUUUCGCCUCCGUGUUUGGCCAACGAAGACGUGGACCUUAGCCUCCCCGACAUCGGCAUGGCCUCGUUGGACUUUGACCCCAUGUCGUUCCAGUGCAGCCUGCAUGAUGGCUCUUUCUCCUUCCCCCUCGGGCUGAGUGAUGUAGCCAUGGGCGCGGCGGGUGAGAGCACCAGUCUAAAGAGGAGCCAAGGAACCAUUGACAAUGGCUCGGUGCCUGUCUCACCCUCCUUCCCGGGGACGUUCACCUUCCCCUUCCUGUCACCCGACCUCAGCCCGGCCACGAGAAAGAAAGCUGAGAGCAAGAAGCUGACCUGCUCCGUGUCUUUCCCAGACAAACCGUUACAGGUUGUUUCCCCUAUAAAGUUUAAGGCGACCAUUCUAGCCAUUUCAGAGCCAUUUGCCAUGGCGUUUCCCAGUAGGCUUACAGAAAACUAUGUUGUUCCCCAGUCCCCCCCCCCCUCCUCGGGACAGCCCGGGGAUUCUCCUCCAUUAAUGGGCUCAGUGCUGCUGAGGACAGGGGAGCCGUCGCUGAGUGACGCCUUCCAGAUGGAGCUGCACUGUAAACUCUCCACCUUCGACAAUGACAUCAACACUGAGAGCCAAGUUUCAACAGAAGAGAGCACUGCCCAGCAACCUUCAGCAACCAGUAGCCAGGAACAGCCAGGAGCCGUAGCUAGCCUGGACUCUCCAAAGGGUACCCCUAGCCCUCUCAGCUCCCCCUCCGUGUCCCCUCUUCCUCCCUUGUCCCCUCAGAAGAACUCUGCCCACAUGCUGGCCCUGGCAGAGUCCGCCCAACAGUAUUCCAUCCUGACCCAGAGGUCCUCCCAGACCCAGUCCCCCAUCAGGCCCAAGGUGCCCUCACACUCCCUUGACUGGACCCCUCCCACAGCCCCACUCCCCCAGACUUCCCUCAAGAAGGGACCCAGAACAGGAGCAGCCCAGAACCCAACCCUAAGCACCACCACCCCAAACAUCGCCCCUUCUUCCUCUCUCCCUCCCACCACCCCUACUGACAAACAGCCAAGCCAGUCAGCCAGCCAUCAGUCAAUCAGUACGUCCGCCAGUGCUAAGUCCCCCUCCACUCCUCCCAGAGCCAGACAGGAUAUAGAUUUCACCCCACCAGCAUCCCCCCACCACCCGUGUAUCACCACUCCCUCCAGACCUCCUGCCCAUGUGUCCCCCACUCGGAGGAGUUCAGAGAGGCAGCAGCCCGCCAUGGGCCAGGUAGCGGUCAGCAGCACUGGAUCCUCCACCACCACUCCCAGCAGCAAGGAGAUGGGUGUCCUGCCACAGCCUGCUCCUGAGGUCCAUGUAAAUGAUAGCGUCUGGUCGCCAACUCUUCUGAAACCUUUGGAGCAGCCAGUGGCAGUUCUGCAGCCUCAGCCUCCGCCUAAAUCACAGCCUCAUAUACAGUCCCAUCCUCACCCACAGGCCCAGUCACAGCCCCAUCCCCAGCCUAACACCAGAGUGGUCCCCACCCCAGCCGAGCAAGUGGAGAGACCAUGGGAGGCCAUAAAGCCAGUAGAGCCCCGCAUGGAGCCUGCGACCCGCCAUCAUGCCCAUGGGCCAACACCGCCAACGCCUCCCGUCCGCUCCAUCGAGAGCAAACUGGCAACCGCUGUGCUCAGCCACACAGAGGCUGGCAACCCUGCCAUCUUCCACAACAUCCUGGCAGAGGCCUCCACUCCUGAAGAGGCCCUCACCCAUCCUCCCCCUCCCACGCUAAAGUCUUCCACCCACCAGUCAGCCUACCUCUACCACACCAAGGGAGAAGCUGCCUUACUGGAGCCUCCUAAGGAGGCCUACUACCACCAACGGGCCAUUCCCGUGGGGAAACCUUCAUACCACUACCGGCCAGACAGUGUUCCGUCACACCUCUCCUACGUGUCCAAGUCAGAGCCUCAGAUACCUUACAGUACCCGCACGGACCACCGCUACAACACCCAUGCUCACUCCAGGUCCUACCACCAGUCUAUGAAGCACCGCGGGCCCCCCAGGAGGGGUGAGUACAUCUCCCCCAGCCCGGGCUAUGGUCCCAUGGAGGGAGCCCCAGUCUACCCCGCCAUCCGCAGGGUGCACUCGCUACACGUGCCCUCAACCAUUCGUUCAGUGCCCAUCCAGCGGACCGAGGUUCCUCCGGACGACGAGCUCUUGUACUUCCAGCGGCCCUUCUACCAGUGCAAGGCCUAUCAGCAGCAGCCGCAACAGUUCUCUCAGGCCGACUACCACGUCACCCAGCUCCAGCCUUACUUUGAGAAUGGCCGGGUGCAGUACCGUUACGGCCCCUAUUCGCCUGGCGCCAACCCGCUGGACGCCCCUUACUACGAUGUGGACCCCUAUGGGACCAUCCGGCUGCGGCACUUACACUCGUUCAGCAGCCGGGACCUGGGGCCCACCCUCAGCCGGUCGGGGGGCAAGGCGGGUGGCUACCACUACCUGUCCCGCCCCGUCCUUCCACCUGGAAAGGAGCAAAGCUUGUUCAGCAGAGAUGUGCCCCCGGGCCACGGCUCCAAGGGAGCCGCCUUCUACUUUGCUUGCGACCCCGAGGAGUCGGAAAGGCUCCGGAUGCAUUCCAUCCGCAGGGAGAGCCGGGCAAGGCAUAAGGUCAGGGGUCCUGUCAUGUCUCAGUAUGACAACUUAGGCCUGUUCAUGCCUGGCGACCUGGGAGGGUACGAAACCCUACACCUGCGCAGUAAGUCAGACCCCAGCAAAUCCGUGCUGAUGUCUGCCGAGAGUAAAGAUGGGUGUUACGGCGUACCACCAGGCUCCCAGCACGCUCCCCGACACUUGGUGUCAGACCCUGACGUCCUCAUGUACAUGGAGACAGAGAACCACUGUCAGGGUACCGCCACUGGGGACAAACAAAGCAGCUCCAGGACCUGCCAGGCCUCCCACUCGCACCAAGUCCAACACCCACCCCGCAACCAGUCCCAUCAGCAGGACCCCAGUCGACACGACCCAGGGGACGGAGCUCGGAGCUUCCAACCUCGCUACCAACUGUCCAAUCCAGACCGGCAUCCGAACAGGGCCAAAACACCCGUUGGUUACCAGGACAAAGAUGACCAGCAACAACAGUCGGCCCCCGUCAAAGCGCAGGCCCCUCCCAAGCCUGAGCGGUCCCAAUGCGUCCGAGAGCAGCAGCAGCACUACAGCCAAGCUGCCAUGCCCAAGUCAGACAGAGAAUACUCAUACCAGCCCCACGGGGGGCUGCAGAGACACAGCACCAUGACGGUGCAGUCCCACUACGACAACAUGGAUGACUACCACCCAGCAGCAUUACCUCAGCCACAGGCCCCCAUGCAAAACCCCUGUGGGGGCUCCUCGGGCUCUUUCCCCACCAACCCUGGCUUCACGGCCAGCCACAGCAACAGAGCGUACUCCACUGCCUUGGGCCAGGGUGCCUUCAUCCCAGCUGAACUGGCACUGCAGAGGCCCGAGACAGAAAUACAUGCAGAAUGAAGAAGAGACUUGAGAAAAAUGUGUCAAACAAACUUUUGCCUGGGUUUUAGGAAGCAAAUAAGGGACUCAACUCGAGAUUCAAAGUUCCACAGCCUCUGCAGGACAGUGGACUGUUGUUGGACCGUUUCACAUUAUUUUUCUUCCCUGUAUUUUUUAUGAAUUAUAAAAAUCUAAUUAUAAGAUACUUUUUACAGAAUGUACUGAAUUAACCAUAAUUUCUUCAAUUGUUCUAAGAAGCCACGUGGUCAUGACUCAUUGAAAUGGUGGCAGAUCAUAUAAAUGUUUAUGAUAUUAUAAACAAAAGGUAUGUGAAACCAGAAUUGCAAAAAAAUGUAAAUGUGUAAAAAUAGAUUUUUUUUGUUUGAUUUCCAGCAUAACAGGGAUGAAGGUUUGCAUUUUAGAAAUGCAUGUACUCUUCAAUCACUUACAGAACAGUUCUAUGUACCACUGUAUCCAUUGUACUUUCUGGAUGUAACAGUACAAGUUGUUGUGGGAGAAAAUCUGUUUAAAUCAUCGUCUCUGUGUACACAUGGCGGUGCAAUAUGUUUCAGUCUUCAAACAUCUCUGAAUUGGGGUCGGGCCCAAGAGUACUAGAACUACACAGGGUACUUUCACCUAGUACAGUAGGGUUAUGUUCAUAUUUUAUUUGCUCUGUGACUGUGCCAUUCAUAGAUUGUAUGUAUUUUUGCUAUAAAGCAGAGUGAAUUUAAAUAUAAUGGAAUUUUUUGGUACAGAGGCUUGUUCUUCAUUGUAAGAGGGACAAAACAUUUUGGCAGUCUUUUUGAUCGUGAAAGCAUUCCUGCUCAUGUAUGGGCUAACGACUGGUUAUGAGAAUGACAAUGUUACCUUGGGAGCUGUAAAAUAAUAAUUAUUUUACAAUGUGUUUUGUUUUGUAGUCUUGUUUUUUUCUGUAAAUUGCAAAGAACUUCAAUGGACUAACUUAAUAAAGUUAUGAAAAAUGUA